UAGAAGGGUUAAAAAGAAAAGGUUCUGCGAAUACUAGUUUAUAUAACAGAAUAGUUCGUGCUUGAUAAUAUUCUGAAACAGAUGCUAAGCGUUAUUAUAGACUAGAUAUUCAACGACAAGGAGACAAGGAGAGAGGAAAGAGAAUAAUGUUAAUAUAAGUUGAAAUGUUAAAUACCAUGAAUAAAUAGGAGAACAUUGUUUAUGUGUAAUUUGGCUUUGCGUUUGAAUAUUAAAUUUCGUUUAUUUGUUAAAUUAUUACGUACAGAGGGAGCUUGGAUAUCAUAAACAUUGUGACAUAGAUCUUGACUAUGAAAUCGCAUCGUCAACUCACAAAGAGUAAAUUAUGCUAAUUUAUGUGUUUUUUGAACGAGAACAGGAAAUCCUUUUAAAUUUGGAGUAAAUAAGAUUAAAUAUCACACUGUACAGUGAAGUGGUUAUAAAUGCGCAUUGACGCGAUGACAUUUAAUAGUAAACGCCGGGACUUUUUACAACCAAACAGCACGUAAACAUACUAAAUGAACAAUUUGUGGUUAAUAUAUUAUGUAUGAUCAUACAGCAAAAGCUUAGACAAUAGAUCACAGUGAAAAUAUUGGUUGCGUGAAAGGCAGGCCUUAAGCAAAUGGCUUCAUUGAGGGAAACUUGUUAUCUGAUCAGCAAAGCCGGAAUCAGUUUGAGUGAAAAGGUGGCGAAGAAUUGGAUGAGAAAAGACACGGUAAACAGAUGUAAGAUAUAAGACAGUGAUAUGUCAGAGAACAGGAUUAAAUAAGUGAAUUGACCGCACUUUGUGAAAAAGGUAUAAAAUGAAAGUGGUAAGCUAUCGACACUUUCCCGUGCGCCUCCGUGAAAAAAAAACAUCGUUGCAAAAUGUUCUUUGCUGUUUACUCAGGGAUAACAUCGAUUCCAGUUAUUGUGGCUUUCUUUGGGACUAUUCUUGUUAGUGGUUUUAUCUACGUAAAAUCUUUCAUGAGACUAUCUUCGACUAUACCAAAACUGUACUUUAAGGAAUCAACUUUGUCAUUCCACCUUCUAAAGCAAUGCAGACUUAUGAACCGCAAAUUCGAUCCACCGUGGUAUUUAAGGAACUCGCACGUGCAAACAAUAGUGUCGUAUUUAAUUCCAAAUGUCUCGAAGGCGUUCGACAGAGAAUAUUUGCAAAUGAAAGACCGCGGUGUUGUUGCGCUUGACUGGGCUUUGCAUGUUUCAGUCUACAAAAGAAAGCGGUGUACAGUGUUAAUUAUACUUCCUGGAUUAGCAGCGAACGCAUACGAUGUCUCAAAUAUGUGUAGCUUAGCUGCCCAUAAAGGUUUUAGACCAGUGGUGUUUAAUCCAAGAGGUUUUGGAGAUUCGGAGCUAACAACAGCAAAAAUUCUGAGUACCGGUGAUCCGUACGAUAUGCGUGAAGUAGUGAAAUAUAUCCAUGGGCGUUUUCCCAAAGCUUUGGUUUCAAUGGUUGGAUACGGAACAGGGUGUUCUAUCAUGCUGUCUUAUCUCGGUGAAUUCGGAUCAUCGGCAAAUAUUUGUGCUUCAGCCUGUAUAUCAGCAUGCUUUGAUAGCCCAGAGAGGAUCUCAAAAGGCAUUCAGGGAAUUUACGAUAUGUUUUACAUGUUAAAAUUGAAGUUCAUUCUAAGUGCUCACUCAAACACACUUUCAAAAAUUGUAAAUUUCCAUGAACUCCUUAACUGUUGGUCUUUCAAACGUUUUGAAGAACUAUUGUAUGCCAAACUUUCCAAUAUCUCGACCAUAGAUGAUUUUAUAGAGCGCAAUAAUCCCCUCAGGGACGCAGACGAAAUCGCCGUUCCCUUACUGUUUAUAAACAGUCUAGACGAUCCAUUUUAUUCCAAAAUGAACAUCCCAUAUGAACUUUGCAAGUACUAUCCUCAUAUCUUAAUGGUGUCUACAAAUCAGGGCGGCCAUUGUGGAUUUAUUGACAAACUGUGGGAUGUAAGCUGGGCAGAAAAAUUGGCCCUGGAUUAUUUAGAUUCAGUUUUAGAUUUCACAAACAAAGGCCAUAGAAUAGAUUACGGCAAACGGACUGCUAGAUCAACAAUUUGAUACAUGUCAAGAAAGCAAGAAUAAUUGAUAAAUGUACCAUUGUGUUUUUUGUGUAUAUUAUUUGUUGUCAAUAUUCGAACAAUUCUUUUUAACUAUUGUGUUUCUAUUUCCCGUGUUUAUAUUUAAAACCUUGUAAAUCAAGGAACGUGUUAAAUCGAAGAGUUUUAAACUAAGAGUAGAAACUUCGAAAGCAAAUUUUCUGAAGAAGUAAUUGUAGUCAUGGAUUAUUAUGUGUAUUACGGACGUUGUCGUUGUCAAACAAAUUCCCCCAUAACAUUUAUGUAUGCAAUGUUCGUUAAAGCUGCACUCUCACAGAUUGAACGUUU